AUGAGCUCUAUUUCCAUUUAAAAACACGUAAAUUAUGGGGAAGUUAUUUUAAUUGUUGGUGAUUGUCAUUUAGUAUAAUGGAAUGUGUAAAAUGGAAUUCAAAUGGAAUGGAAUCCAGGAGAUAUUUGGAGAGCUAAAGUUGAUUGUUGUUGUUUACCCAUGAAUUAUAGAUACGUGAUAGUCAAAUAAAAUAAUCGAUAGAUUGUAGAAUGGGAAGAUGGAAUUAGUAGAGUUUUGAAUUCCCAAGAUGAUGUAAAAGAUGCUUGGAACCAUAUCAAAAUAAGAAUGAAAGUUAACUCAUAUGUUGAUUCUAAGAUGUUUGUAAAUUUAUAUUCAGAAAAGGGAAGAUCUAAAAUUAGACUUGAUUAAAUCAUGACCGAAGAGAAUGAAUAUGAAUAUAGAAUGGAAUUAGAUAUUCCAAGUAAGUCCAUUAAUUCCUAUGCAUAUAAAUACCAAUAAAAUCAAAUGUGGGAACGAAGUGGAAUCAGAGUAUUUACUUAACAUCCUAUUAUUAAUAAUGUUAUUGAAAUCAUAGAUUCAGAUGUAGACUUUGCUCUCAAUUAUAAUCAAUUAUUGGACAACAUCUAUGUUGGUUCAUUCCUUUAUAGCGAGUAACAAUUCAAAAAUAAGUUUUUAGUGAAAUUCACAUUCUAUAGAAACUAGGAGUUGAAGCCAUAAUUAAUUUAUAAACCACUGAAGAUCUGAUAAAUAAAGAUUUACAAGAGGAUUACUUUGAUCACAUCUAAAAAUCUUGUUAAUCUUAUUAAAUAACAUAUUCACAUUGUCCUAUACAAGAUUGUAAUAAGAGAUCAUUUUUAAAAAAAGGAAUGCAAGCUCAUUAAAUCUUGAAGAAAUUGAUGGAUCAAGGUAAAUGUGUUUAUAUUCAUUGUACUGAUGGCAUAUAGAGGAGUAUAUAAACAGUCAUACUCUAUUUAGUAUUGGAUCUAAAUUAUUCUCUAGAAGAUGCUAUCACACUUGUAAAAGCAAUUAGGAAGAGAUCAAAGCCUAUUAGAGAAGUAUUGUAGUAACUCUUAUAACAGUGA